GAGAACAAGGCCAUGACCAUGUGGAGGACAGCCGGAGCUCUACUGCUAAUAUUACACACUGUGUUUGGUCAGAGAAGCAUCAGAUGGUGCACCAUCUCUGAUGCAGAGCAGCAGAAAUGUCAGGCCAUGUCACAGUCUUUCACCGAAGUGUCCAUCCAUCCAUCCCUCAGCUGUGUCAAUGGACUCACAGUCGAGAGCUGCAUUCAGAAACUGCAGAAGAAAGAAGUAGAUGCCUUGUCCAUGUUCGCCACCGACAUCUACAGGCUGGGGAAGACUGCUUCCUUCAAGAUGGCUGCCAGUGAAUCAAAGAAUGAUCGUACCGGUGCCUCCUACUAUGCAGUUGCUGUGGUGAAGAAAACAAAUUCUGCCAUCAACAUCAACAACCUGGCGGGAAAAAAGAGCUGCCACACAGGGAAAGGCCGAACAGCUGGCUGGAAUAUGCCUUUAGGAUACUUCAUAGACCAGGGCUACAUGUCUGUGAUGGGCUGCAACAUACCACAGGGUGUGGCAAAUUUCUUCAGUGCGAGCUGUAUCCCCGGAGCAAAUGAAGAAGGGGACCCUGCGUCUCUGUGUCAGCUGUGCCGAGGAGAUGAAAGUGGAAAGAACGUCUGUGCCAUGAGCAGCCAAGAGAGAUACUUCAGCUAUGAAGGAGCUUUCAGGUGUCUAGUUGAAGAUGCAGGAGAGGUGGCCUUCGUCAAACACACAACUGUCAAGGACAACACUCACGGUCGUGGCCCAAACUGGACGGAACCACUGCUGUCAUCGGAUUACGACCUUUUGUGUCGUGACGGUACCAGAGCUCCUGUAUCUCAGUGGAAAAGAUGCCAUCUGGUCCGCGUCCCGUUUCGUGGGAUUGUGGCCGGCGAUCACAUCUCUUCAUCUGUGGUGUUUGACAUGCUGAUACAGGGCUUGGAAAAGUCUGGCUUCAACAUGUUUCUGUCUGCACCAUAUGGACAAGGAACUUUACUCUUCUCUGAGUCAUCCACCACGUUUCAGCCUGUGGAGUCAGAGGACCCCAAGAUGUGGAUGGGUAGCUUCUAUUAUAAUGCAAUGAGAGCCAUGGACUGUAAAACUGAAGAUGGUCUGCGGUGGUGUGUGUUGUCCAACGCUGAGCAGAACAAGUGUGCUGAUAUGGCCGUGGAAUUCCAAAAAAAAUCACUGACACCAACCAUCCAGUGUGUCUAUGGGGAGUCUGUGACUGACUGCAUGCAGAAAAUCAAGGACAAUGAGGCUGAUGCUAUCACUCUGGAUGGAGGUUACAUCUACACAGCAGGCAAAGACUACGGCUUGGUUCCUGCUGCUGGUGAAAGCUACACAGAUGACCGCGAUGGUUCUAUGUAUUACGCCGUUGCAGUGGUGAAAAGGAGCAGCAAUCACAUCCGUUACCUUGAUGACCUGCGUGGCCUUCGCUCCUGUCACACCGGAUACGGUCGCACGGCUGGCUGGAACAUCCCUGUAGCAGCACUGAUGGAGAGAGGGUUGAUCAGCCCUCAGCAGUGCAAGAUACCCCAAGCGAUGGGAGACUUCUUCAAGCAGAGCUGUGUACCAGGUGCCAACCAGCCCGGUUUCCCCGACAACCUGUGUGGUCUGUGUGUAGGAGACAGCUUAGGACAGAACAAGUGCAUGAAGGGAAAGGACCUGUAUGACGGAUACGACGGUGCCUUCAGGUGUCUGGCAAGUGGGCAUGGGGAUGUGGCUUUCGUCAAGCAUUCUACUGUCUUCAAAAACACUGAUGGUAACUCUGGUGAAUCGUGGGCCUUGGAUCUCCUGUCUUCUGAUUUCCAGCUGUUGUGUUCUCAGAGCAGUAAAGCCGAGGUCAUAGAUUACAGACACUGUCACCUUGCCAGAGUCCCUGCGCACGCUGUCAUGGUGCGGCCCGACACCAAUAUCCACGGUGUCUAUGGACUCCUGGAUCGUGCACAGACAUAUUUUGGUAGUGAUACAGGUCCUGGUUUCAAGAUGUUUGAAUCGCAGAACUACACGGGCACAGAUCUCAUCUUCAAGGACUCCACUGUUCGCCUUGUGGGUGCUGCUAACAGAAAGACCUACCAGGAGUGGCUGGGACAGGGCUACAUGGACUCACUGGUUGAUAUGGAGUGUAACUCUUCGAGUGCAGUGAUGUCCUCUGUAUGGCUGCUGCUGAUGGCUAUAUUCAGCUUCAUGCUGACCAGUGUGUGGAUGUAAAGACACAGCAGUCCAGCCUCCUCCCCAUUUUCUCCGUGUCACUUUUCAUCUCUUAGGAGUUUCUUUUUUCUUUCUCUUGUUCUCUUUAAUUUGAAUUUGUUGAAUUUAUGCAUCAUUUCUACCUACUUGUUGUUCAUAUGAGAGCACUGCAUAUCGGAAUUGCUUUUGGAUUUAAAUGGUGCUAGUGUUGAAGCAAAUGAAGCACAAUGUCUCUUGUUUUUGUGGCAGAGAAGAGAGUUAUUUACCAAAGUGCUCUCAGAGGGUUUGUGUGAAUCAAACUUGUUGAGAGAAGGUGCUGCUGCUACCUUGUUUACUGAAGGUGAGCUGCCAUAUCAGUGUGUAUGCUGCCACCUGUUACAUUGCUUUAGUGGAUAGUGCAUCCCUGUCUCUCUGAAGCUAACUGUAAAAAGAACAGAAGACUCACAUGAACUCAUUAAUAUUCAAUAUUUUCAUAAUUUCCCUUCAGAACCUUUAAGACUGUGACUAGACUUUCAAUGUGAAUACUGUAUAGAAAUCAGAUUACUGUUCUGACUGCUGUCACUUGCUCUGUGAGUACUACUAACAAGCACAGCCUUCCCUUAAGAUAAGCUAAUGCCAUCCCAUCGUGACUAUGCACUAGUGUUGCCUCCACACAGAGCUGUGCUAAGGAUGGUGUGAUGUUGAGUGUUUGUCUGGAGGCUCUCUGCUUCACGGAUUCCCUUCAAAUAGCUAAAGAUCAAUACUUCAAAUAUAUCUGAUUUAACCAGCAAGGCUGCUUGCAGUUGCACAUUUAAUUUAUUUGCUGUGUAUUAAUGUUACUAAUUUGAUGUAUUCGAGUAGGAGCUGGAACCCUCCCACCUGCAGCCCUUUUCAUCACACCUUUAGUUUAUGAAUUUGGACACAACUGGUCAUGUUCCAUCAGAUUUGGGGAAAACAUGAGGAGGAUUGAGGAGUCAGUUGAAGAAAGAUAACAGUCUUUAAUGUGUUAAUUUAAUUCCAACUUUUAAAGUUAAACAAACACCAGUGGGGUGUUUUGUUUGACUUCAGUCUUCAGUCAUGCAAGAGUGUCAAAGAGAUAAAACACAACAUAAAGGUCUCGUGUCCUCUCACACAAACACUGUCUAACUAGAGAUAAUAAGUCCUUGUCAUAGCCACUGCAGCCUACUUCCUGCUGCCUGAUGCUGUUUCCUGUUUUAAGGUGUUGAUUUGGAUGUGUAUUUUCCUAUGCUGAGAGAUUUAUUUUUAUAUGAAGUUCAGGUGCCAUAUCAGUGUAUAUGUACUGACUCAUGCUGUCAGAAACAAAUGGUUUCUCUUCCUCCUGAUAGAGAUUUGUGUGAAAUGAUGUAACUGAUAUUUAGUUGCCAGGCCAGUGUGUCUGCAUAAGUAUUGCUACAUGAAGCUGCUGACUUGAGCUGUUUUCUGUGCUGCUUCAAAUGAAAUAAAGCUAUU